CAAUAAUAUAGACCGGGCGGCGCUUGUACAACAAAUAGCGAAAUAUUAAAUUCAGUGUUACGUCGUUUUAAUAUUAAAAAUUUGUAUUGCUUUAUCAUUUUCUUGGAUAAAUAACACAAGCUUUUCAAAGGAGGGAAUUAGAUUAAGGUGAGGGCUAAAAUAUUGCUACAACUACGAUAGUUCAAAUAAUGUGUUAUGACAACUGUCGAAGUUUGUCUUAGCUCGGCUAGCUCUAAAGUAUGCCGAUGGGAACAGAAUUUGUUUGGCAAAUCUCACAGCUUCUUAUCUAACCAACUCUAUAGUGUGAGGUUGUGCUUGAUCUUAGUUUAUUAAUAAUCUUUGUUUAUCGAUAGGUAAGUGACAAGCUUUUAUGUAUAUUAAAAGGAAUAUGUUAUAUUGUAUAUUUUAUUUUGAAGUGGUUUUGUGUCAAGCAGCUGAUGCGCGUAUGAAUGUUAAUAUUCUACCUAGCUAGGUUGCUAUUUAAUUAACUAGGAUAUUUUUUUGAAGAAUGUUACGUAUUGAGUAAUAAAUAUGACUAGUUAGUCAAAUUUGUUGAAGUGUACCAUCCAAUACUAGACUGCGAGAGGUCUGCCUGCACGCGGGGGUGUGUGUAUAACAUUUUGUGCUGUAUGAUGGGUGGGUGUGUGUGUGUAUAACAUUUUCAAUAUAUAUAUAUAUAUAUAUAUAUAUAUAUAUAUAUAUAUAUAUAUAUAUAUAUAUAUAUAUAUAUAUAUAUAUAUAUAUAUAUAUAUAUAUAUAUAUAUAUAUAUAUAUAUAUAUAUAUAUAUAUAUAUAUAUAUAUAAAGUAAACUUGGUUUAUUUGAUUUUGUCUUUAUUUGCUGUAUACGUACUUCGGUAUAUUGAGCACUCUACUCAUAUAUGAUUCGAAAUACAUAUUUGCAAGACCAUCCCAAACCGAACAAAAGUAGUCAAAAUGAUCUAGUAAUUCGAAGGUCGCGGUUCGAGACCCAGCCGCGGCAGACAACAUCUUUCUGCUUGCGCUGAGUAUGGAAAUUAUAUAAUACACACUCUAGAACAUUUUCAUCUUAACAUAUUACGGAGUGUACAAUUACACAUACAAUUACACAUAUAUAUAUAUAUAUAUAUAUGUAUAUAUAUAUAUAUAUAUAUAUAUAUAUAUAUAUAUAUAUAUAUAUAUAUAUAUAUAUAUAUAUAUAUAUAUAUAUAUAUAUAUAUAUAUAUAUAUAUAUACUGAAGACUAUAUUCAAAAAAAUAGUCGAUGAGUUGACGUAAGGUAGAAGAGCGCUCAAUACCAUAAUAAGUAGAGCGGAAUUAAUUCAGUCAAGGUUUGAAUGUUUGCGUCGCUACUCUGAGUUUCACGCUUUACGCGAUCAUGCCUGAUGAUCGCGUAAAGAGUGAAACUCAGAGUAGCGACGCAAACAUUCAAACCUUGACUGAAUUAUAUAUAUAUAUAUAUAUAUAUAUAUAUAUAUAUAUAUAUAUAUAUAUAUAUAUAUAUAUAUAUAUAUAUAUAUAUAUAUAAACAGUUUUGUUUUUCGUUAUAGAUAAAAGAGUGCUCAAUACUACAAAUUAUUUAGCAGAGCGAAUUAAUUUGUUAUCUUAAAAUGUUUCAAUUUCUCGCUACUUUAAGUUUCAUGCCACUAUUUGUGGCAAUCUUCAGGCGAUUAAAUUCAGUUCGUUAACUAUAUAUAUAUAUAUAGUUUUUCGUUUUACCUCAAAAUAUAUAUUGAAAAUGUUCUCGAGUGAGUAUUUCAUAAUUUCCAGACUGCACGCAAGCAGAAAGAGUAUCUAGUAUACAAAUAAUGAAUGUUUAUGAGUGCAAUGGUAAGAAUAUUUUCAUGAGGUGAAAGAUGGAAUCCCAAUGAGGCGACAGCCAAGUUGAAUGGAACAUUCCAUCUUUCACCGAAUGAAAAUAUUCUUACCAUUGCACAAAUAAACAUUCAUUAUUUGUUUUAUAUAACACCAAAAUAGACUAAUAGAUUUGUAUGAGAAGCGUUUUGACGGAUGCGAUUUAUCGAAAAUGCAAAGAGUGCAAUGAAAUAAAACGUAUAGUACAAUUGCACUUGCAAAGAGUGCAAUGGAACGUAUUCCAUUGCACUCUUGGGAAAUGGAAUUUUCUAUUCAAUAUCACGUGGCCAUAACCAAUUAAACAAUCAGAAUUCAAUAAGAUAUUAUUUAAUAUAUAAUGUCAGUAUAUAGUUCAUAAUUUCCAGUUUUAAAUCCGUCUGACCGUGUAGCUCAGUUGGUAGAACAUCAUUCUAGUAAUUCGAAGGUUGCGGCCUGCGGGUUCAAAACCCAGCCGCGGCAGGCAUCUUUCUGCUUGCGCACGGUCUGUGUUUGUGUUUGUGAACUUGUGGUUAAAGCUUGACAACUGGACUCUGUAGCUCAAUUGGUUAGAGCACUGCACUGGAAUAGCAGGGUCACAGGUUCGAUUCCUGCCAGAGGACCUAUAGUUGCAAUUUUCGCAGCUCCUCCUGGUUAGGUCUUAAUAAUUGUAUAAAAUUUACACAGUAUUAUAAACAGCCUAGUUAAGCAACCAACACAAUUUGAUAUUGUAUCUAGCUUGCUUGUGUUUAUUUGUCUCGCCUGCCACAAGCAAAUAAAUGCCUGCUCACAGGCUGUAUUGUAUCAUAAGUGCAAAUCAGAAAAAAUAUAUAAUUAUUUAUUCCACCAAUCAUAAACUGGGAACAAGCUGCCAAGCAAAUCGGUAUAGACUGGAAAUAUGAAUUACCAUCUAUGUUUGUAGGCUAUCAAUAAUUUGGCUGCAAUGUCCUUUCCGAUGUACUUGGCUUUUUACAUUAUCCCUUAAUUAACUACCUAUUGGAAAAUUGUCUAUUUUGUUUUUGUUCCUUCUUUCCAUAUUUUCCCUAUAAUUUCCUUUUUUCCAUUUCUUUUGUUCACAGAUUUGUUCAUACCGCUGUUAGACCACAUAUUUGUCACAAUGAGUCAUCCUCCACAGAACCCUCACCAUACUCCAUAUCCCCCACCACAAGGUAAUGUUGGUUUUGAGCAGUACCAACAAGGAGCACCACCCCCAUAUAGUGGACCUGGACCGUAUCCUCAACAAGGCUAUGGUGCACCACCGCCUGGUCAAGGCCCUUAUGCACCUGGCCCAUAUGGCCACGGAGGACCUGGUCCAUAUGGUACCUCAGCUCAGUAUCCACCAGGACAACAGCCACAAACUGUUUAUGUGUAUGAAGACAGAAGACGACAGCAGAAACAAAAUGAUGAAGACACAUGCUUGGCUAUGAUGGCUGGAGCAUGCGCAAUGUGCUUAUGUUGUUCAUUGCUGUCAGAUUGAACUCUUCUGAAGAGUUUGAUUAAUACUCGCAAAUUUCUGUAUAGUAAGUUACAUUUAAACAUGUUAGCAUAAAAAUAGACAAUAAUUUAAGCACUUGUAGUGCACGGCCAGUAGUUUAUACUGUAGUAUCUAGCGAAUAACGCAGCUAAUAUAGCCAAGAUAAUAGUAGUAAAUAUUUUGUUCUUUUAAAAAAUCAUGUUCUUAAGUUCUUUACCAGAAGAAUCAUGUUCUGCACCCACGUCCAAAAAUGUACUGUUUGCUCACACUGUAAUUUUGAAUCAUGUUUUCGUCACUUUUUUUAUUAAAUGUCUUAAAUGUGCGGCGUACAUUGUCGAAUAUAGAAAAACACUUUUUUUUCUGUGAUGUUAAAUUAAAUUAAAUAAGUUCUUUGGAGUAAAAACUGAAAAAUAGGCCAUAACCUAACUCAGUGUCCGGAUAGACGUAAUUUUAUAUCAGAAAAGUGACAGGUAGUCCUGCCGUAGUGAACAACUUUUUCUCUUGACAAUAAAUAAAUGGCGAGCACACUAAAUUGGGUAAUCAGUAUCCCAAUCUCCUUUAGAAAAUAUUUGCAUAGCCCGAAUAUAAAUAUGAUAUCUAGUAUCUACCAUCCAAUGUAUUUGAUAUUUAACAAAUAUAAAACAUUUUCCGUGUUGAUAUACAGUUAUAUCAACACGAGUGGAAUUGGGAAAACGAGAAAUUGUAUGGAAACACGACGCCCG